UUAUCCAUAUCAGUUCGACCGCGCGCGGGAGCUAGAGAGAGAGAGGGACGACGACGACGAUGUUGUCGACCGCGAUUGUACCAUCACCGCCUUCGCGCAUUCCUCUCUCAUUUUCAAAUCCUAAGUCGUCUUUCCAUGGAAUCCGAAUCGCGAAUCUUCGACCCGUCCAAACGCCGCCUCCUCUCCGCAGAAACCCCUCUUCUGUGGUAAUGAUGGCGAAGAGAGAGGAAGAACUCAAGGAAAUCCGAUCCAAGACGACCGAAGAGAUCAACGAAGAGAUCGUUGAUCUCAAAGGAGAGCUCUUCAUGCUCCGCCUCCAGAAAUCAGCCCGCAGCGAGUUCAAGUCCAGUGAGUUCGGUCGCAUGCGAAAGAGGGUUGCUCGCAUGCUGACUGUGAGAAGAGAAAGGGAGAUUGUGGAAGGAAUUAACAAGAGGCUGUCAAGGAAGCUUGACCGGAAAUGGAAGAAAAGCAUAGUAGUUAGGCCUCCGCCAUCCUUGAAGAAACUGCAAGAGGAACAGAAAGCGGCAGAGGCAGAAAAGUCGGCGUGAGUCCAUUGUUACUUAUGAAUUCAUUAUCUGUAUCAUUGGAAAUUCUUGUUGCUUUUGGUACAGGAAUAGAUAAAAUAGUUUCCUUUUCAAAUUCCAGCA